AUGCAGAUCUUCGUCAAGACUCUCACGGGCAAGACGAUCACCUUGGAGGUGGAGUCGUCCGACACCAUCGACAAUGUGAAGUCCAAGAUCCAGGACAAGGAGGGCAUUCCCCCGGACCAGCAGCGCCUGAUUUUCGCCGGAAAGCAACUCGAGGAUGGCCGUACCCUUUCCGACUACAACAUCCAGAAAGAGUCGACGCUCCACUUGGUCCUCCGUCUCCGUGGCGGUAUCAUCGAGCCGUCGCUCAAGGCCCUUGCCUCAAAGUACAACUGUGAUAAGAUGAUCUGCCGCAAGUGCUACGCGCGUCUGCCACCAAGGGCUGUCAACUGUCGCAAGAAGAAGUGCGGACACACCAACCAGCUCCGCCCCAAGAAGAAGCUCAAGUGA